GUCCUCUGGGUCAUCGGUUUUUGUACAAGCUCAACCUCAGGGUUCGAUACCCAUCGCUUUUAAUUCCCUAGAGCAGCAAGUGCGGCUCUCGCUUUAAAGUACUGAAUUUUCGUUUCUUCAGGUUCGAAAGUGUUCAUCGCUGUUGAAACUCGCAUCGAAACAUAUUCGAGAGCGUGGUGGGUGAGGGAAGUGUGGUGAGCCGACAACCUCUUGUUACAACAUGGGAUCCAAUUCUUCUGCCUGGAUGAUCUUUACGGGAGUGUCUCUGCUUGGUGAAUUGAGGCGGGAGUUUCGAUUUCUUCAUAAAACUAUCCGUUGCCUCAUCCGCAUAACUCACAUCGGGUCACGGAUUGGUGGGCUGAAGAUACAUUUCGACUGGAUCCAUCGAUGCACGUGCAUGGUGGAAACCACCAGUCCUACGAACGUCUCCAUAACCAACAUCUCCACAUCAAGCCUGAAGGAUUUUUACAACGAAAACAACCAUGCACCCAUUCCUUGCAUCGCAGUGAAGCUCGGCAUUACAUCUCUCGAUCCCAAGAGCAAAGUGCCCAAGCUGGUGACAACAAUCCAGGACUCAUCGAUGAAGAGUGUACUCCUUGCAAUCGAUCAGAUAGCGUCGACCAUUGUGGCAUGCGGUGAGGAGUAUCGUGCCAAAAACGAUGACAGUGCGUUCGUUCCUGUCCUACUGAAUGAUGUGAACGUCAAGUCUACAAUGUUUAUGACAACGGCCAAAACAGAAGUUCGUGUACUAGAAGUAGCGCGUGCAGAUUCCAUUCCUGAUGUGCCUCCGCCACAAGAGACUCUGGAAUUGGGACUUCUCCAACUAUGACAAAUGUGGAGAAGGUGGUUACUAUGACGGGGCAGGAGUUCGUCGCUACAUUCGACGUCCAGCUAGAAGAGCCAUGCUUCCGGACGCGGAAGAUAUGCAAUUUUGUUGUCAACGAUGAAGUGUGUGGUGAACCAUUGGUCUACUCUUUCUCAACUAAGCGCCAUGAGUGUGCCAAGCACAAUGCUGCAUCUUCAAUAGAAGUCGACCACUUCUCUUGUAUGCUCGUUGUGCAAGAGAAAGACAACUAUCUUCACAAGUCUCGAGACUUAGAUUUGAGGCCCGAGUUGCUGCGAAGUGUGAUCCGAGACUUCCAGACAUCAGAUUUCCUCCAUUCAACAGAUUCGGCACAUCAAAAUGUUCUUGAUGCACUCAAGAAGCAACUGCGAGCUAAGAUACAUUUUCGGCUCGAAGAGGACCGUGUCGUAAAGACAAUACUCAACAUUUCAGAACCUCCUAUAGUGGCACCGUCAUCAUCCACUGCGCAGUCAUCUGCUGCGCCUACACCCUUUACACCCGCUAAACGCUAGACAUUCGAUUAAGAAUGUGUUAUUUUCUUUUACGAAG